AUGGCACCAGCCAAUGGCCACGGCCGGAGCGACGCGGAGGCGGGCGGCGCCGCCACAGAGCCGCGGAAGAAGAACCGGACCAAAUGCUUUUUGUACAUCGCUCUGUUCGUGAUUUUCCAAAUUGGUGUCAUUACUAUAUUCUCUUUAACGGUGAUGAAAAUCCGAACCCCCAAAUUCCGGAUCCGCUCCGCCCAUCUCACCAACUUCAACGCCGGAACUCCGGCGAGCCCUUCGUUCUCCGCGACGGUGAACGCCGAGUUCACCGUGAAGAACGCCAACUUCGGCCGGUACAAGUACAGGAACACCACAGUGGAUUUCUUCUACAGGGGAACGCCGGUGGGCCAGGUUUUAGUGCGAGACUCGCGCGCCGGGUGGAGAUCGACGAAGAAAUUCAACGUUGCGGUGAAUCUGAGUUUGACCAACGCGCAGGCGAAUCCUCAAUUGGCGAGUGACUUGAACGCGGGGGUAGUUCAGAUAAGCAGCCAGGCUAGAAUGAGGGGGAGAGUGGAGCUUAUAUUCGUGAUGAAGAAGAACAAAUCAACUGAUAUGAAUUGCACCAUGGAAAUUGUGACUGCUACUCAGCAGCUCAGGAAUAUUCUCUGCAAAUGA